CUGUUUCGGGGGACACUGUGUAUGCUAUUGACAUAUGAUAAUUCCCGCGCUUGCGUGGAGCAACAGUGUCGAAGAAUUGUAAAAUUUUUUUAAAUACCAGCAUCGUUAGCGACCGCCACUCAGUCAGCCGUCGAUUGUUUGGGAGACAGAAAGAUGAUGACAUUCGAGAUGAUGCUCGUCGCAUCUUUGACGUUAAUCGGCCUUCUUCGUCCACUAGUUCACGUGGCGUCUGCUCAAGAUCAAUUAUGCACCACACCGAACCAGGAAGCAGGCACGUGUAUUAACAUCAGAAACUGUCAGCCCUUACUGACAAUGCUACAAAGGGAAGGCCUUGCAGCGGCCGAUUAUCUUAGAAAAUCCGUGUGCACAUACGAGAAUGGUGAUCCGAUCGUUUGCUGUCCGGGGACUCCAAACCGAGAAGGCAAAGACAUAACAGAAAAGGUGUACGGGCCCUUGCAUCCGCCACAAUGUGGCUAUAGCAAUGUCACCCACACCAAGAUCGUCGGUGGUGCACCAGCCGAACUCGGUGCCUGGCCAUGGAUCGCUGAACUGGGUUUCCGUGACAGCACAAAUCCGGCGCAACCAAAAUGGCUGUGUGGUGGUUCCCUAAUUUCGGCUAGGCACGUUCUUACCGCGGCACAUUGCGCUAUUCGCGACGAUUUAUACGUGGUCCGUAUCGGAGAUUUAUAUUUGAACCGAAUUGAUGACGGAGCUCAUCCUGUACAAGUGGAAAUCGAAAGCAAAGUGAUACAUCCUGAAUACACUAGCAAGUUAUUCGUCAAUGACAUUGCUGUUCUCAGAUUGGCAGAAGAAGUACCGUUUACGGAGCACGUGUAUCCCAUUUGUCUCCCUGUAGAGGACAAUCUUCGAGACAACAGCUUCUAUCGAUAUCUCCCCUUCGUUGCUGGAUGGGGAGCAAUCGCAAACCGAGGGCCAGCUAGCGACAUACUAAUGGAAGUGCAAAUACCAGUCGUGAGCAACGAGGCCUGCGAACAGGCUUACUCCAGGUUUAAAGUUGCGAAGAUCGACGAUCGGGUACUAUGCGCCGGAUAUGCUCGCGGUGGAAAGGAUGCUUGCCAGGGUGAUAGUGGAGGACCAUUGAUGUUACCACGAAGAUUAUACUUCUAUCAGAUAGGAGUUGUGUCUUAUGGUUUUAAAUGUGCCGAACCUGGAUUUCCUGGUGUCUACACUAGGGUCACCGCAUUCCUCGAUUUCAUCAUCUCAGCACUGCAUUAACGCGAUUACUGGUGCCUCACAAAUCACGUUUUCUAAGCCUGUGAUGAAAAAGGAAGUUGGAGUUCAUUACCGUUUACAUAAAAAUUGAUUAUAAUUUCUAUUAUUUUUUACAUCGCGAAAUAACGCUUCAAGAUGCACGAAUAACGUCGAUUUUAUGCACGCUUCGCUUUCAGACUUUGUACGUAAAGCAUACAGUUUCGCGACUAUCUUUAUACACACCUUUCAU